AUGCGCAGGACUUCCCACACCCCAGCCUCCUGCCACUCACCCCUCACUCAGGAUCCCAGUGCUGCUCCCACAGCCGGCCGCCUGUGGCUGACGCCAGGGUCCUCAUUGCCCAAGGCUGCUGACAGCACAGAGAAGAGGAGGAAGGUGAAGAAAAUACAGCCUCUCUUCAGAUGUGACCAGAAAACCACAAUUCAGUUUGAGAAGUGUUCUAACAGCAGGGGCCCAGGAGGCCGAAGCUGCCUGAGUAACGUUGAUUGCCCCACCACAGGGAUGGGACAGGUGAACCAGGCCCUGAAGAGGGGGCUCCGCAGGAGGAAAGGAGGCCUGGUGAGUGGCUACUCCAUGACCCCCCCAACCCUAAACAUCACGGAGGAGACACACGUCAUUGACUCCAGGGACAGCUUGUCCAUCUCCUGCAGGGGGCAGCACCCCCUCGAGUGGUCCUGGCCAGGGGCUCAGGAGGCGCCAGCCGCAGGGGAGAAGGCCGGCGAGGACACGGGGGUUGUGCAAGACUGCGAGGGCACGGACACCAGGCCCUACUGCAAGGUGCUGCUGGUGCACGAGGCCCGCGCCAACGACACGGGCAGCUACCGCUGUUACUACAAGUACAUCAAAGCCCGCAUAGAGGGCACCACGGCCGCCAGCACCUAUGUUUUCGUGAGAGACGUGGAGCAGCCAUUCAUCAACAAGCCAGACACGCUCCUGGUCAACAGGAAGGAUUCUAUGUGGGUGCCCUGCCUGGUGUCCAUCCCGGGCCUCAACGUCACGCUGCGAUCGCAAAACUCAGCCCUGCGGCCUGACGGGCAGGAGGUGGUGUGGGACGACCGCCGGGGCAUGCGCGUGCCCACGCCCCUGCUGCGCGAGGCCCUGUACCUGCAGUGCGAGACCACCUGGGGUGGCCAGGACUUCCUAUCCAACCCCUUCCUCGUGCACAUCACAGGCAACGAGCUCUAUGACAUCCAGCUGUUCCCCAAGAAGUCGCUGGAGCUGCUGGUCGGGGAGAAGCUGGUCCUGAACUGCACCGUGUGGGCCGAGUUCAACUCGGGUGUCACCUUCGACUGGGACUAUCCAGGGAAGCAGGCAGAGCGGGGUAAGUGGGUGCCAGAGCGGCGCUCCCAGCAGACUCACACAGAGCUCUCCAGCAUCCUGACCAUCCACAACGUCAGCCAGCACGACCUGGGCCCAUAUGUGUGCGAGGCCAACAACGGCAUCCAGCGGUUCCGGGAGAGCACUGAGGUCAUUGUGCAUGAAAAGCCCUUCAUCAGCGUCGAGUGGCUCAAGGGUCCUGUUCUGGAGGCCACAGCAGGAGACGAGCUGGUGAAGCUGCCUGUGAAGCUAGCGGCGUACCCCCCACCAGAGUUCCAAUGGUACAAGGACAGAAAGUCAGUGUCCGGGCGCCAGAGUCCGCACGCCCUGGUGCUCAAGGAGGUGACGGAGGCCAGUGCAGGCAUCUACACCCUCGCCCUCUGGAACUCCGUGGCUGGCCUGCAGCGCAACAUCAGCCUGGAGCUGGUGGUAAACGUGCCCCCCCACAUCCACGAGAAGGAGGCCUCCUCCCCUAGCACCUACUCCCGCCACAGUCGCCAGGCCCUCACCUGCACUGCCUACGGGGUGCCCCCUCCUCUCAGCGUCCAGUGGCACUGGCGGCCGUGGACGCCCUGCAAGGCCUUCACCCAGCGCAGCCUCAGCCGGCGGCAGCAGAGAGACCACAUGCCACAAUGCCGGGACUGGAGAGAGGUGACCACGCAGGAUGCCGUGAACCCCAUCGAGAGCCUGGACACUUGGACCGAGUUUGUGGAAGGGAAGAAUAAGACGGUGAGCAAGCUGGUGAUCCAGAAUGCCAACGUGUCCGCCAUGUACAAGUGCGUGGUCUUCAACAAAGUGGGCCAGGACGAGCGGCUCAUCUACUUCUACGUGACCAACAUCCCUGAUGGCUUCAGCAUAAAAUCCGAGCCAUCGGAGGAGCCCCUAGAGGGCCAGGACGUGCGCCUGAGCUGCCGGGCAGACAACUACACCUACGAGCAUCUGCGUUGGUACCGCCUCAACCUGUCCACGCUGCACGAUGCGCACGGGAACCCGCUGCUGCUCGAUUGCAAGAACGUGCACCUGUUCGCUACGCCUCUGGCCGCCCACCUGGAGGAGGCGGAGCCAGGGGCGCGCCACGCCACGCUCAGCUUGACCAUCCCCAGCGUGGCGCCCGAGCACGAAGGCGACUAUGUAUGCGAGGUGCAGGACCGUCGCAGCCACGACAAGCACUGUCACAAGAAGUACCUGUCAGUGCAGGCCCUGGAAGCCCCGCGGCUCACGCAGAACUUGACCGACCUCCUGGUGAACGUGAGCGACUCCCUGGAGAUGAGGUGCCCGGUGGCCGGGGCACACGUGCCCAGCAUCUUGUGGUACAAAGAUGAGAGGCUGCUGGAGGAAGAGUCUGGAAUCGACCUGGCGGACUCGAACCAGAAGCUGAGCAUACAGCGCGUGCGUGAGGAGGACGCGGGCCGCUACCUGUGCAGCGUGUGCAACGCCAAGGGCUGUGUCAACUCCUCUGCCAGUGUGGCAGUGGAAGGCUCCGAGGAUAAAGGCAGCAUGGAGAUCGUGAUCCUUGUCGGCACCGGGGUCAUCGCUGUCUUCUUCUGGAUCCUCCUCCUCUUCAUCUUCUGUAACAUGAGGAGGCCAGCCCACGCAGACAUCAAGACGGGCUACCUGUCCAUCAUCAUGGACCCUGGGGAGGUGCCUCUGGAGGAGCAGUGUGAAUACCUGUCCUAUGACGCCAGCCAGUGGGAGUUCCCCCGGGAGCGGCUGCACCUCGGGAGAGUCCUCGGCCAUGGGGCCUUCGGGAAGGUGGUGGAAGCCUCGGCUUUUGGAAUCCACAAGGGCAGCAGCUGCGACACUGUGGCUGUGAAAAUGCUGAAAGAGGGCGCCACAGCUAGCGAGCACCGCGCCUUGAUGUCGGAGCUCAAGAUCCUAAUCCACAUCGGUAACCACCUCAACGUAGUCAACCUGCUGGGGGCGUGCACCAAGCCCAAUGGUCCCCUCAUGGUGAUCGUGGAGUUCUGCAAGUAUGGCAAUCUCUCCAACUUCUUGCGUGCCAAGCGGGAGGCCUUCAGCCCCUAUGCGGAGAAGUCCCCUGAGCAGCGAAGGCGCUUUCGCGCCAUGGUGGAAGGGGCCAAAGCUGACCGCAGGAGGCCGGGAAGCAGCGAGAGGGUUCUCCUCUCCCGCCUCCUGAUGGGCAAGGGCGGAGUAGGGCGGGCCCCUCCGGUCCAAGAAGCCCAGGACCUGUGGCUGAGCCCGCUGACCAUGGAGGACCUUGUCUGCUACAGCUUCCAGGUGGCCCGAGGGAUGGAGUUUCUGGCCUCCCGCAAGUGCAUCCACAGAGACCUGGCCGCUAGGAACAUCUUGCUGUCAGAAAGCGAUGUGGUGAAGAUCUGUGACUUCGGCCUGGCCCGCGACAUCUACAAAGACCCUGACUACGUGCGCAAGGGCAGUGCCCGGCUGCCCCUGAAGUGGAUGGCCCCUGAGAGCAUCUUUGACAAGGUGUACACCACGCAGAGUGACGUAUGGUCCUUUGGGGUGCUGCUCUGGGAGAUCUUCUCCCUGGGGGCCUCCCCCUACCCGGGGGUGCAGAUCAACGAGGAGUUCUGCCAGAGGCUGAAAGAGGGCACACGGAUGCGAGCCCCAGAGCUGGCCACCCCCCCCAUACGCAGCGUCAUGCUGAGCUGCUGGUCAGGAGACCCCAAAGAGAGGCCUGCAUUCUCAGAGCUGGUGGAGAUCCUGGGGGACCUGCUGCAGGGCGGGGGCCGACAGGAGGAGGAGGACUGCAUGGCCCCCUGCGGCUCUCACAGCUCAGAAGAGGGCAGCUUCUUGCAAGCGUCCACCACGGCCCUGCACGUGGCCGAGGCCGACACCGAGGACAGCCCACCGAGCCUGCACCGGCACAGCCUGGCCGCCAGAUACUACAACUGCGUGUCCUUUCCGGGGUGCCUGGCCAGAGGGACUCAGACCCAGGGCUCUUCCAGAAUGAAGACGUUCGAAGAAUUUCCCAUGACCCCGACGACCUACAAGGCCUCUGUGGAUAACCAGACGGACAGUGGGAUGGUGCUGGCCUCCGAGGAGUUUGAGCAGCUGGAGAGCAGGUACAGACAAGAAAGGGGGCUCAGCUGUAAAGGACCGGGCCAGAACGUGGACGUGACCAGGGCGCACCCUGACACCCAAGGGCGGCGGCGGCGGCCGGACCGGGGGGCACGGGGAGGGCAGGUGUUCUACAACAGCGAGUACGGGGAGCUGGUGGGGCCGCAGGACAAGGGCGACUGCCCCCCAUCCACCCGUGCACCCUUCUUCACAGAUGACAGUUAUUGA